AUGAGUUCGCGCACCUCAGCCUCUCUCCUCCUCUUCGUCCUGGCCUUCUUUGGCGUCUUCCUCCAGCUUGCGACCGCCGCACCGCUCGAGACGCGCGACGUGUACUCGCCUCCAGUGCUGUAUCCACACGCGGGCACGGUGUGGUACAAGGGGCAGACGCACAACGUCACCUGGGACGUGUCGUCGCCCCCGGUCAACAUCACCAACAAGGUCGGCCUCAUCUACCUCCGCAAGGGCGUCACCUCCACACCCCUGAUCCUCGCAGACGGAUUCGACAUCCUGCUCGGCCGCAUCGAGGUCACCGUCCCCUGGGUCUUCGAGGGCGACGACUACAGCGUCGUCCUGAUGGGCGACUCGGGGAAUUGGGGCCAGCAGUUCACUAUUAAGCAGUAGGGCUACCGACGCACGCGCCUCACCACCCACUGGACUGAAACCCCGCUAUGGACAUCACCACUAAUGGACUAAUGGACUUCUUUUAUCACGGACGUCAUUCGGACUUGGACUAUGUUGUAUUCGUACUGUACACCGCGCUUUCUGUAUUCACACCCUC